AUGCCCGAGCUUGCACACCAUCUAUCUGAAUCGUGGCAGGCCACCCUCUCAACGGAACGCUCAAUAAAGUUACUGUUCAAGCAAGACCCCCGCGAAGCUGACCAGGAAAACCCAACCCUAUUCCAAAGUUAAUUUAUCUCUUGGCCGACUAAUGCGCCUGGAGAGUCUGGUUGAGAUAAUAGCGGGAUCUGGGAAGUAUCCUUCCUCAACUGGAAAUAAAUUACUGUACUCGAGGUUCGAACUGAGACCUUAUCCGCCCAUCUCUCUGGCGUAGUGACGGGAUGUGGGAGGCCUGAGAACAUCCGCUGCAACAGAGCAACAAAUCCAACCCUUCAGCCCUGACCAUAACCGCGACUACCUUCACCACCACCGGCACCCAAAGAAUGCCUUCCAUGCUAUCUGCUCCCCCACCGAAAAUCUCACAGGACAAAGCUUCACUACUCAGUAGCCCUUUUAUUUGUUCCAUCUAGCGAACCACGGAAGCACUCCAUCAAAGGCCGGGCAUUACGAGCUAAAGUCGUUAACCAUUGAGAACCCGAAUAGGAAAUAUUCAACUACUCGUCCGUACAACCAUCCUCCAUAAUAGAUCUAGCGCUCGGGAAGGUCAACCUUUCAUGGGAGAGCAGUGUUGAAAGGAGAUGUGAAUACCGGCCAGAAUCUUCCGGAGCGUCUAAGGGGCUCUUUGAGCCUCGGGAGGUGCAAUCUCGUUACUGCCUAUGGAGAAAGAAAGAAGGCAGUCACGAGUCUUCACUUUGCUAGCAGUGGAAUUUCCGGUAGCGCUCGAGGGAUAACCAGCUGUCAAAGAGAUCAUUGAGACAUUUGUGAGAGACUACGAUAGCUCUGUUCAGGUGUUGCCACAAUAAUCCACCAGGCAAGCAAGCAUUUAAACCCCCUCUCAUGCCCCGGCCAUAACUUCUCCCCUCGCUAUAGCGUUCACCCUGGCCCAUUGAACCUAUCGCUUUCCCUCCAAAAAAAAAACCCCCUCUCGGAAAAGGAAAAAAAAUUUCAGUAUGAAAUCCUUCACCCUUGCCCUCACCCUCUUCCUGGGGCUCCUCGUGGCCGCAAACCCGGUUCCCAACCCAACAGCCAACCCGGAUCCAGAUCCCGUUGCCAUUCAAUUCUACGGAGCCAGUUUGACCGGGAUCCCGCUCAAGCGUCGUGAUGAGGAGCCGGCCGUUUUGGUGAAGCGUACGCAGUCGCCAACAACCGGGGAGCAUGCAAAUAAGUGCGGACCGAACAAUCAAGUCGGGGGAGUGUCGUUUACGUGUGGUGCAGGGAAUGAUGGUCCUUGCUGCUCAAUUAACGUACCCUGCCUUCCUAUCACUCCUCGUGCAGGGCUGCACAAUACUGAUGAAUGGUAUGUUAGGGAUGGUGUGGGGCGAACAGUUACUACUGCGGUGGUGGUUGCCAAGAUGAUUUCGGAAGUUGCGCCCUCCCGUACUUGCAAUUGACAUACGAUGCGGACGCGGGCGAUUCCGUCUGGGAUAUCAUCUCGGACAACGUGUUCGAUGCGGCGGUAGGGGAUGGAUUGCUUUAUUAUGGUUCCUGUGAGUGUUCGCCUCUGUGCUCGAUAUCUGUGGACUGGAGUGACCUUGUAUCAUUACAUAGCUCCUACCGGUGGCUGGCCCAACUAGCCCGAUUAUGGACUCGAUUUGUUCUAGUUGAGCAUGUUUGCUGGUAGGAAUAUUCUCAGGGGUGUGAACCGGCUCUGCCUCCGAGCCGGAUGUGCGAUUCGGUGCGAAUUUCGCGAAUCUCCUUUUGUUUGUAAUAUUGUUGAGGAAUGAAGGCUCCCGUCCGUCUGUCC